CCCCGCCCGCUUGCUCACGCGCCCCCUCUCUCGCUCGGUUUCCCCGCAGCGGUCCGGACUUGGGGCUCGUUUCCAGUAGAGAGAUGGCAGCCACGGCAAGCAGAUCUUUGCUCGUUCUGUCCCGGAGCGCUGCAGCGCUGUCAGUCGGCUUCCCCGCAUUGGGCGUCACUAGGCACAGGCACCACCAGCACCAUAGAACGGCCAGCCCCACUGUCUCCUUCGCCCAGCACCCAGUCAGACGACUCCAUGGCCUGCGCUCAGAAGGCAGAUGUGCACUCAUCACAAGCCCCAACUCCCCCCUGCAGGUGUGGCAGAGCCAGAGGCUGCUGAGUUCUACUGCGCUGCCCCCCGAAGAGGUGAGCGUGGUGUAUCAGAACGGCCUGCCUGUGAUCUCGGUCAGCCUGCCCUCUCGACGGGAGCGAUGCCAGUUCACCCUCAAGCCCAUCUCCGACUCUGUGGGCGUCUUCCUUCAGCAGCUGCAGGCCGAGGACCGGGGCAUCGACCGGGUUGCCAUCUACUCUGCAGAUGGGACUCGAGUGGCCUCCUCCACAGGCAUCGAUAUCCUCCUCCUGGAUGACUUCAAGCUGGUCAUCAACGACACCACGCACGACGUGAGGCCGCCCAAGAGAGAUCUCCUGGCUCACGAGGAUGCAGAGACCCUCAGUGACGUCAAGAUGUUGGUCCAGCAGCUCUACACCACGCUGCAGAUCGAGGAGCAUCAGAUACACAAAGAGCGGCAGCUGAUAGGCAGGCUGGAGAACCUCAACUCCCAGAUCCUCCCCUUCGAGAAGUUGAAGGAAGAGCUGAGUCGGAAAGCAGAGAAGAGGGCCACCUGGGUGAUGUGGGGCGGCAUGGCCUACAUGGCGACCCAGUUUGGGAUCCUGGCCCGACUCACCUGGUGGGAGUACUCCUGGGACAUCAUGGAGCCCGUCACCUACUUCAUCACCUAUGGCAGCUCCAUGGCUAUGUAUGCCUACUUCGUCCUCACACGGCAGGAGUACAUCUACCCAGACGCCAGGGACCGACAGUAUCUGCUCUUUUUCCAUAAAGGAGCGAAAAAGAACCGCUUCGACAUCGAGAAAUACAACCAGCUCAAGGAUGCAAUUGCAGAGGCUGAACUGGACCUGAAACGACUGAGGGACCCUCUUCAGCUCCAGCUACCUAUCCAGCAAAUCAGCGACAAGAAGGAUUGAUAGGCUGAACAAUCCCCGCUCCCCUCUUUCGUCUCCCUUGCCCCCUCUGUGAAACGCCUUCAGUAGCCUGAAUCCCUUCCCCUCCCCUCCCCAACCCCCUAGGCCUACACACACUCUGAUGCUCCUCUCUCUCUCUCUCUCUCUCUCUCUCUCUCUCUCUCUCUCUCUCUCUCUCUCUCUCUCUCACACACACACACAAACAGACACGGCCGGAGAGUUGCGGUUUUUACCUUCCUACUGGGGGGGAAAAAAAUACUAAACAUUAUUGAAAAAAGCAUAAUAAAAUGGAAGAAAGAAUAAAAAAAAAAAAGUCAAAAGUACACAACUGGACCUUAGCAACAGUGACGAUGGCCUGAGCAUCGGAUCCAAUCAGAAGAGGUUUAGACCAAUGGAAGUGAUCUGGAAUACGCUCUUGCUCUUUGAUGUAGACUAGCAACUGAUCCCUCCACUCACAGUACGAAACAAAUCUUUAGGCUUUCUGGGCUGUGACACCUUAACUGCUCUGCCUGCCUCAUACCUGUUGAAAUCUCUGCCAUUCACUAUCAUUGGGAAUCCCAGUCCUGUCAUCCCGCGAUAAAUGAACGUCACAAAGGUUCCCAUUCACAGCACAGCCUGAUGCUGCGUGACCCAUGUCAUUAGUGGAUGUGGCACAUUAGGGAAUUCCCAAAGCACUUCUAACACGAGCGAUAACUGCCUGGGUGCGAAGUAGAUUAUUGUAUAAAACUGUAAACAAUGAUCUUUGUGGUGAGUGUGUGUAUAUUAGAUCAUGGAACGAAAAAUUUUAUAAACUGCAAACCUUCCUUUUGGACCAGAAGAGGGUACAGUUAUGUGCUAGGCUGGUAGAUGGUGCAAGUCUGGCAUAUUCCUAAACCUCAAUAGCAAAUUGUCCCCACAACUCUUGAGUGCAUGGAUAGGAACACAUGCAGUAUACCAAGGCUGAUAAGUGUACAGUAUAUGGUGAAUGUAAAUAUACAGGUUGUAUUGCAAUGAAACCUGGUAAACUUUGGAUAAUGGCCCAAUAAUGGCCUAAUAAUGGCCCCAGAACCUAAAGAUGUUUUUUUUUUUUCUUUUUUUCAAUUCUGUAUUUUAUACGAUGCCCCAAUGAAUCAAAUGUAAUUAUCAAGGGCUGGUUGCACAAAACACCUUGAGUAUUGAGUUCAAGUAGAACACUAAAGCAUAUUUUCCUCCAACUCGGGAAUUGACUUCAAUGUGUUAAGCUGUUUUCUCCAACACCCUUAAAUCAAGGAACACUUGAGGGGAAAACUAAUGGGGAAAUUUAAUUUGAGGCGUUUCAUGCAACUGGCCACUGGGCAAUCAUAUUUAGUGGCAAAACACUUUUUUUUUUUUUUUUAUAAAUUGUACCCCCCAAAAAAAUGCAUUGCCUGUUUCCUAAGCUCUUGUGUUUUACCAACACCUUUUUUUUAUUUUAUUUUCUUAGAAAAAAAAAAAAAAACACAAAAAAACACAACAGUCUGUAUUUAUGCUUUUGGACUUAUGGGAACUGUAGUCCUGUACAUUCACAGCACUGAGUAUUUGAACAAAUACAAAACUACAGAUGCUUCAGUGCAGCCUGCAACUUUUAAUGGAGGCCUUGGUUUCAGGGCAAUUCUGUCUGUCUCAUACAUAUUAUUAUAAGCAAGGAUGCCCUUUUAAAAUUAAUUGUGCUGUCACAGGCAGUAAAUGGAAACAAUACUGAAGCAUGUGUAUUUGUUUAAAAGAGUACAGGGUUAUAGCUGGACAUACACAUCUUAAAUGCUAUGGCCCCUUUUAAAUGUAAUCAGGGUUUUUCUUAAUUUCAGAUGCACUGAUCAAAAUCAAGUGCUAUUACCGUUGAGAUGGAGAAAAUCAGAUCCCAGGUUCCCAAAGGCAGGUUCAUACGUCAAUCAUACGCCGUCGCAAAGGGUGAUUUCGAGUCGACUCGUUCGAAGGGUGAUUUCGAGUCGACUCGUAUGACUGCCGAUCCAAGGGAGACUGGUUGCCAGAGUUUAAUUUUUCCGAGCUGGAUGUGUGACAUGACUGUCUCCCAGUGGCUGCAGGACUGAAGUAUGAACCUGCCUUUACAGUUCUGGGAUCACAAUGAAUUUGUUGAGCAGACAAGUUAGGUUAUGCAACUGUCUAGUGACUAGCUAAUGAAAGAAGCCACAUGUUCACAAGGUUGUGUUUUUAACAUUGACUUUCACUGCUGAAUAUUUUGUCGCUUGUGUUCACUGGAUUUCCAGGGAUAGAGAACAUAGUGAUCAUUUGUUUUAUAUCUAUGUAUGUGUACCUUGAUUUGUACUGGAAUUCACAGAUACCAAAGAGUAGGUUCAAUAGCCUUGUUUUUUGGUACGAAUUUCUGUACUGUGUUUGUACCGUUACUUAUCAACUUUCUUUAAGAUUGCACUCUUAAAGUGAAUGUGCGCAGGGGGAAAAGCUCCCCUUCUCUCUGGAUCAGUAGCGAAGGUUCCAUAUGCCACAUAAAUAAACACACUUUGUCUUUAAUACAGGGAUUCUAUAGGAUAAAAUAGCAUGAAUGAUAUUGACUCUUACUAAAACAAUUGUCUACAUUUUAAUAAUUAACUUGAUAAACCUGGAACCGUGUUGAACUGGUCAGUGUUGCCGUGGGGGCUUUUUCCCCUCCCAAUUUCUAGAAGCUAAAAUGUAAGCCACUUUGAAUGCCUUAUCUUUUGAUGUUUGUAAUCUAUUUUUUUUUUUUUGUUCUCUAGUUGGCUUUUAGCUAAAUUCACCUGUUGAAUACUAAGUGCUCAGGUACACUCUUGCUUUCCUCAUUCCAGAGAAUCACGUGACACUUGUGACUUUUCAGAUCUCAUUUGCUCUGUCUCUGUACUCUUGCAAGAGAUAAAAUGAAAUGGCAAAUUGCAGGAGUCUGCGGUGGCACAAUCAUGACAAAAAAGCCAUAUUUGUGGGCCGCUUUCUAGAGGAAUCAUUAAAUCGUUAAUUGCGGGUGGGGCAACACUUUACAGCAAGUGGCUAGUUACAGUAAUUUGUGUUGGAAUGAGGGAACGGGUUAAGAUUUAUAAACUAAUUUGAAGUGUGUUAUAAAUUUGAUUAUUGGAAUGUAACUAAAUUAGGAUUUAAUUGUAUUUUGGGUUUAUAAUUGGGUGAUUACAUGUCAAUUCCAGCCACUUACUGUACUGUUACAGUGGGUUGUUUGUGUCAGAGGAAUUGUGUCUCCACUCCAUGUAAAUAGCAAGCACCUUUUUACGUACUGAUUUUAAAAAACAAAAACCCAAAUGUAUUGGAAUAGGCAGGCAGGCAAGGAGGGAGGGAAGUGUGGGGGACGGGGAAUACAAUAUACUUUAUUUGUGGGUUUUAUGUUAGUCAUAUUUUGUUGUUUUAAAUUGAAUUCUGGUUGUGUGUAACUAUCAUUGUUAUUCAUUUUCUAUCCAAGGACGCUGAGUGGGUGGAAGAAAGAAGGUGAUUGGAUAGCCAUGCCAAAGCCAGCGUGAACCUGGGGUUGUGUGUGUUUUUUUUUUACAGCAUGCAGAAUGCAGGAAUGUAACCAAUAACUGUUUUGUGGUUUUAAUUGCCCUGUGCCUUUCCAAAGGGUACUAUAGUUUGAGAGACCAUUUUGUCUUGAGCAUUUGACGGUGGUGGCGGUGCCUGAACUCCCAGUUCCAACCUUAUAUUGAAGAGUGCGGCUCGGUAUCAGAAUCGCAGACGUGUUUGCAGUGCGAGCUCCCUGUUCUGUUUGCUGCUUCUUUCCCUCUGUGAGAUCAAGCGGAUAACUCUGCUAAAGUUUCCAAGUCUCUCUGGUUUGCUGCUGGAGGUGCCAAAGUCCUCUGUCUAAAAUGAGAGCUAUGUUUUGAGCCAGUGGCUGUACUGACUGCUACCAAGUUUCUGUAGAGUCUGGUUGAAGUUUUGUUCUCUGUAGAGCUGAUGCUGUCGAACGUUCCUGGAGAAUUUAGCUCUGGACUAACCUGUGGUACCUGUCUCUAUCCAUGGAGAGUUAUGAAAGUAAGCAGCUGGACUGACUGUGCAUCAGGUUGCUGUUGGAGCUUAUGCUGUUCCCUCUCUUUUAAAGAAGAGCUGUGGGACUAACUGCUCCAGGUUUCGAUAGAGCUUUUGCUGCUGGCUGUGCCUGUCUCUGUUGUCCAGGACAAGGGCUGUGGGAGCGCAGGGCCAGCUCUGCUGUGUAGGGAAUGUAUAGGACUCUUGCAGCUACGCUCCGCUCUUCAGUAUAUUCAGCAUCAUCCUUGACAGGGAAUUGAACCAGCCCAACAGCUUGGCUGGCACAGUACUUGGGAUUCAAUAUUUGAAUCAAAACAGGUGUGUUUUUUAUUUAAAAAUACCC